AUGGCACCACGCCUUGGUGUUAAUCGUCGCCAGGCGGUUGAAAGGCCAGUGCGAACAGGCCGCAUUGCCAAAACAAAAAAAGAACAAGCCAAUAAGGUCUCACUGGAUCAGCUGGAAGCUGCUGUUAACAAUCAAGCCGUUGAGCCGGUUUAUGGAGCACCCCCAGCCUGGGCAGAGGGCCGUCAGCAGCUUUGUGAUGCGAUUCCAUGGUUUCGCUGCACUCAAGGUGCAAUGUAUCACAAUGAAGGCUUCUGCUAUGGUUUCCUUGUUGAUGCUGAUGGUGGUACUCGCACUUAUAUCGACGAAGAAGUUAUAAUUACCAGAAUCGGUGGAUGCUGCACCAAAGACUCGGGAGGGAACUUGACCCUCGAAAAGAAUCAAGACCCGGACAAUGCUCUCGUCCAAAGCAUCAUCAACACCCAAAAAUCCCAGCUUGCUGUUGGUCUUGUUAUUGGGAGCAAGAACAAGGUUCUCAACCGAGAGCUUCCACAUCGGUACAACAUUAUGGACUGGUUUCAUGUUACCAAUGUUUGGUUUGAAAAGAUUGGCAAGAAGCACGGAGUUAAGGUCCGCUUUGAGAAGCUGAACCUUGCGGAGAAAAGCUGGUGGGCGGCCAAGGACUCUCUCCCUCCGGUGCCCCUCGAUGAACGGGACUUUGAAACAAAGCCCGAAAUUCUCAAGUGUGAGAGAUGCUCGACGGAGAGUGUUCGCUUGUACGAGGAAGGUUGGAUGUGCCUUGAACCUGGUUGCGUCGGCUUCUGGAAGAUCGAAAAUGCUUUCCCUCCCGCUGAGCUCACUUUCAAUCCCGACUUCUUGAGCUUCCGCAGUCGUCCAGACCCAGCAAUCCAGCCUCACUACAGUCUAGUUCCUGACCUUCUGUCCACUUUGGAUGAGCAUGCUGCGGAUGUCAGCACCUCUCGCAUCGCAUGGAAGGGAAUUGUGUGCCCAAUGUGUUUCAAAUGUAUCCGACGAACCUUCUGGAGCGGUUGGAAAUGCGAUGAUGACUCUAUCGAUGGUGAGAAGUGUGCAAGUAGCUGCCCAUUUGAAAAGUUCAUGAAUAUGAACCCUAUUUCACUUCGGAUGGUCCUCGAUCAUUUCGAGCUGGCCCCGAUCAAGCGAGCAAUUCUUUUUGACAGGAAGUUCAGCAUUCCGGAGAUUGACGACAAUACCUUGUUCCCUUACCGGAAGUUGACUUACAAACUCGACGGAGUUGGCUCGAUUACCCACUUUGUGUCCAACAAAGCAAUCAAUAGCCGCACGAAUGGACCAGAUGACCUUUUCAUCAAUCUUCAACGGGGUGAUCUUGGUCUCAAACGGUUCCGGCUCCAGUCCAGUCUAGUUGCGGGUACCCUUACCUCACAUUUCGCAGUCAACUAUGGUAUGCCCUAUAAAUAUGUCGUGUCUGUCGAUUCUAAGGGCUUCGGUGAAGCACCCAACGACAUGCUCCAGGCUCUGGGCCGUUUGUCGUGGGCAACCGAAAAGGCAGUCGUCUGUUCUGGGGAUAAAUACUUGCCUCCAAAUGAGUUGUUGACGCUUGGCUAUUUUGAGGAAAUGAAGAUCGGGUUCCACGAUGACGGUGAGUCUUCGCUGGGUCCCAGUAUUGCCACACUAUCCCUUGGAGCGAAAGCAACCAUGUUCGUUCGUAUGAAGUACAAGUAUUUCAACGGCUGUACCCGAAGGGCUGAGCCCAAGCAAAUUGGGACUCUUCUGCAAGACGAUCCUAUUCUGAAAGAUUGCAUGUUUGAGGGCGAACGCCGGACACUGAAGGAGGGGUUUGAUGCUGGUGAUAUCUCGCAAGAGGAGUAUGAUGAUUCUCGUCGUGCUCUAUCGAUGGGCCGCAAGGGCAAAGAGGCCCCCGUUACAAUCAAGAUGGAACUUCAUCAUGGUGAUUUGGUUGUCAUGCACGGAGAAAAUCUCCAGAAGUACUAUGAGCAUUCUGUGGUGCCUGAGAACAAGUUGCGUUUCGCUUUGACCGCAAGAUACGUCAAGCCUGACCAUGUUGAUGCGAAAGAGAUCAAAAAAGGCCAGUUCUCGCUCACACCUGAGCAAAUCUACGAUGGAAAGUGA